GUUGUCACGUGACAGCAGCGGCAUGUUUCCCUGCGCUGUGCGUGGCUUAGCCAGGGCUGCCUGGUCUGGCAUACCGAAAGAAACAUGGCGGCUGCGCUCUGUGCAGUCAGGGCUGAGGGGUCUCGGUGGGACGCGCUGGGCUGGUCUGUUCGUGGGUGCCUCAGCCUGCCCCAGGACGACGUCACUAAUAUCCAGCACUAAGUGGGGGAGCUAUGGAGGAUCUCAGGGGAGCAGGAAGAGGGGCUUCAUUAUUACUGCCGCAGCAUUUUCUUUGUUUUCUAAACUUUUCGACCAUGAAAAAGAGGACAAGAUCACUGAAUCAGAAGAAAAAAUAAUAUAUCUUUUAAAGAAGGCCAAGUUGGGCAUAAUGAAAGGUGAGUUUGAUGAAGCUGAAGAUAUACUACACCAGGCUCUCCAUCUGGGUCAGGAGUCUGAUUCGAAGAGAGCCAUUAUCUACACCUAUGACCUGAUGGCUAACUUGGCUUUUUUUAGAGGGCGCUUGGAUGACGCAGUAAAGCUCUUCAAGAUAACUAUGGUUUACAUGCUUGAUCGAGGUGUUAAACAGAAUGAAAAUUCCUUUAUUGAGAUAUCUCUCAAGUUGGCAUGCAUCUAUGCUGCACAAAACCAGUAUGAUCUGGCUGUGGCAGGUUUCCAGUUCUGUAUAUUAAAUUUGACAGAGAAGCUGAAUACUGAUGAAGAGUUGAGGGACCUGGCAGAGGAAGAAAAAAGUAACACUCGCCUCCUUCUCGGAUUAUGUCUGGAUUCAUACGGACGUUAUCUAAUGAGCAAAGAAAAAUUUGCAGAUGCACAAGCAGUGUAUGAAAAGGCGCUAAAGAUCUGUAAGGAGGAGCAAGGAGAAUUGCACCCACAGACUAUUACCUUGAUGAAUGACCUGGCAACUGUUCUGGAGGCUCAAGGUCACCAUGAUGAGGCCUUUGACCAAGUGUCCCAAGCACUGGAGCUUGCUAAAAAGACAGAGCACACAGAUCAGCAUGUAGUGCUGACUAACUUAGCUAUGAUCCUUAUGCAUAAAGGCCCUAAAUAUUUCGAACAAGCUGAACAAAAUUUUAAGGAAGCACUGAAGCAGGCACAGGAGAAGAAGGACCCUGCUUCUAUUGAAUACAUCCUGGAUAGACUGUCUGAAUUGAACAGGAAUAAAAAAGGCCGAUGACCAGAAGUUAGGGAUAAACAGAUAUCAUUUUCCCAGAGCAGAUAUAUCUUUUGCCUUUUGGGCAGAUUGCCGAAAACCGGUGCCAGUAUUCUGUACAUGUAAAGUUUUGAAAAAGCAACACCAUUUCUACACAAAGCUGGUUAACAACAACCACACUCAUUACUCUCAGGCAGCCACUACAUGCUGGGAUCUCAGCAUGUACAGUGCUGUUACUGAUAGGAGUUGCAUCGGUGGAUAUAAUUGGUCGAUCCCUAGACCAGAUCCACAUAAUGUUACAAUGUGUGUGUGUGUGUGUGUGUG